GCCAAACGAAAUCAACAAAACCCUACAAUACAGUCCCACACUACACACUCUACAACCAACUUGUUCUUCUUAGUCACAUUCAUUUAUCCAGAACCACACACCCAAAACGAUGUCGAAGUGGUGGCGCACCGUCGCCGGAAACCUGAGAAGAUCGCCGGGAACUUCAAGGUCCUACCACACCAUCCAAGCAAUUCCUCGAGAGUUAAGCGGAAACAGAGUCUCUGUCAGGGAUAGAGCCCAAGGCCGCAUCCCCGCCGUCGUCUUCGCUCAAAACUACCUCCAAACAAACCCUAACGACCCAACCACAACCACCGUCAGGUCCAUAUCAAGAAAACAGUUGCUCACCACUGAAAGAAGGCAGAUUCAGGCAAUUCUCAAUUCGGUAGAACCGCCUUUCUUUUGCUCCACAACUUUCCCUCUCCAGAUCCGUGCUGGUUCGGGCUCAUCCACUUUACUUGAAUCGGGAAAAGUCCUUCCAAUCAAGAUUCAUAGGGAUCAAGAGACAGGGAAGGUUUUGAACUUGGUUUUUGUUUGGGCUGAUGAGGGAGCGGAGUUGAAGGUUGAUGUGCCCGUAGUGUUCAAAGGAGAAGACGUGUGUCCAGGUCUCAAGAAAGGGGGUAAUCUAAACAGGAUAAGAACCAGUCUAAAGUAUAUGUGCCCGGCAGAACAUAUCCCUUCAAAAAUUGAGGUGGACGUGAGCAAUCUAGAUAUUGGUGAUAGGGUGUUCAUGCGUGACAUUGAGGUUCAUCCGACAUUGAAGCUUGUUAGUAAAAAUGAGACUCUGCCUGUGUGCAAGAUUGUGGCAAUGGAUUUAGAGACCUCCCACUCUGCAAAGUAGGCACUGAAGCACGAUGCAAAUCACUACAAUUUUCAGAACCCGAGUUCAAGAACUUACUGAGAAGGCGUCUGAGGUUAUGAUUCGCACGGUAAAUUGAUGGUAUGUUGGCUCCUUGGUCAAGCUGGUGAAAAAUUAAUUUGAUAAUGCAAUAAAACAUGUAGUAGUCAUGGUGGAAAAAAAAUUUCUUGGGUUAUCUGGGCAAAAAGUAAGUUGGUUGCUGUGAAAUGGUUACCUUGCGGGUUUAGUGUGGUUCCUGAAAUUAUAAUUUUGAUUUUUAGCUGGAAAACACAAAGUUAUAAUGAACUCUGAAGAAUAUUGCAAUCACCUUUAUUAUUAAUUAAUAGCCAUUUACCUUUGUAUCGGGGUACAGUGACAGGGUACAGUGAUAUGUGUUAAUC